AUGGCGGGUGGCCCCAUCGUGAGCACACAACAUCCUGAACUCGAUGACACCCCGACUGAGGGCUCGCGCACCUAUGCCAUUGUGGUCUGCGUCUUCGCCGCGCUCGGCGGCAUGUUCUUCGGCUACGAUCAGGGCGUGACGUCCUCCAUGCUCAUCAUGGACUCGUUUCUGAACGACUACUGCGUUGGCUGGCACAACUUCACCUACGAGGACUGCACACGCUCCACGUCCGACCUCCCGAGUGAAUGGACCACCUUCACGGUCUGGUACAACAUGGCAUACAAUCUGGGCUGCCUCGUGGGGGCCUUCAUCGGUGGCUUCGUGGCCGACAAGCUGGGUCGUCGCGCCACCAUCUUCUGCGCCGGUCUGCUCUUCUGUGGCGGCACAUGCUGGGUCUGCUUUAACAAGUCACAGGCGCACACGCUGAUGUACAUCGCGCGCAUUAUCCAGGGCUUCGGUGUGGGUAACUCGUCGUUCUCGCUUCCGUUAUUCGGCGCCGAGAUGGCCCCCAAGGAGCUGCGUGGUAUGUUGUCGGGCUUCAUGCAGAUGACUGUGGUCAUCGGCCUGUUCCUGGCCAACGUCGUCAACAUCAUCGUGUACAACCACGACCGCGGCUGGCGUACAACCAACGGUAUCUCGAUGGCGCCGCCGAUCGUGGUGCUGCUGGGCAUUUGGUUCGUGCCGGAGAGUCCGCGUUGGACCUACAAGCAUAAGGGCAAGGAGGCGGCCGAGCGGAUCCUCAAGCGGCUACGCCAAACCGACAACGUCGGCCGCGAGCUGGAAGUGAUCGGCGAUCAAAUUGCAGAGGAGGAGGCGGAAGGUAAGGGUCUGUUGGAGAUCUUCGAGCCGAGCGUGCGAAAGCGCGUGAUCAUCGCCAUGCUACUGCAAGUGCUGCAACAGGCCACGGGCAUCAAUCCCAUUAUGAGCUACGGUGCGCUGAUCUUCAAGGACAUUACGAAAUCGGGACGCUACUCGGCCCUUUUCAUUUCAGGCGUUAAUUUCCUCAGCACAAUCCCGGCCAUGCGUUGGGUGGACACCUAUGCGUAA